UGAAAUGUGGGCAUAAGAAUCCAGGCUUGCCCCAUAAACAUUUCUUGCAUGAUCCUUCAUUCUCUUUUUUUUGUUUUGUUUUGUUUUUUGAGACGGAGUUUCACUCUUUGUUACCCAGGUUGGAGUGCAAUGGCGUGAUCUCGGCUCACUGCAACCUCCGCCUCCUGGGUUCAGGCAAUUCUCCUGCCUCAGCCUCCCGAGUAGCUGGGACUACAGGCACACGCCACCAUGCCCAGCUAAUUUUUUGUAUUUUUAGUAGAGACGGGGUUUCACCAGGUUGACCAGAAUGGUCUCGAUCUCUUGACCUUGUGAUCCACCCGCCUCUGCCUCCCAAAGUCAUUCUCUUCUAUCUGCUGGUUGGAUGGCCGUAUCUGAGAUAAGUCUGGAAGCCACUGAAGAUGGCAAAAAUUGUCAGUCUGAGUCUUCGAAUGACUGUGAGGACUAAGUCUUCCUUUCAUUAACUCCACACUACCCCUAGCUAAUUGGACUUUAUAUGAGCAAUUUCUUCUCUUCUUCUCCCCAUUGCCCAUCACCUCCUCCAACAACGUAGUAGUAGAGUUGACUGUGUGUCUGAGUUUCUCUCCCUGCCAUUUUUUUAAAUGUAGGCCACUGCUUCUCAAAGUAUGUGGUCCUAGACUAGCAGCAUUGGUAUCAUCUGAGGACUUGCUAAAAAUAAAAGUUUCAGUAUAAUCCAUAGGUUCAGAAAAAUAAAGUUAUCUGGCUCCAUCCGAGACCUUUGAACCAGAAAGUUCUAGAUGUAGGUUCCAGCAAGCUGUAUUUUAAGAAGCCUAUGUGAUUAUGAUACAUUCUCAAGAUUAAUAACCAUUGAGGCCAGGUGCAGUGGCUCACGUCUGUAUUCCCAGCACUCUGGGAGGCUGUGGCAGGUGGAUCACCCAAGGUUGGGAGUUCCAGACCUCCCUGGCCAGCCGGGUGUGGUAAUUCACACCUGUAAUCCAAGCACUUUGGAGGCCAAGGUGGGCAGAUCACCUGAGGUUGGGAGUGCAAGACCAGCCUGACCAACAUGGUGAAAAAUUUACAAAAUGACCUGCCUGGCCAACAUGGAGAAACCCUGUCUCUACUAAAAUGCAAAAUUAGUCAGGCAUGGUGGUACAUCCCUGUAAUCCUAGCUACUCAGGAGGCUAAGGCAGGAGAAUUGCUUGAACUCAGGUGGCGGAGGCUGUAGUGAGCUGAGAUCGUGCCAUUGCACACAGGCCUGGGCAACAAAAGCAAAACUCUCAAAAAAAAAAAAAAAAAAGCCACAAAAAUCCAUUGAGAGGCAAUGCGUUUUCAUAGAUGUCUACUUUUUUAUUUCUUCCUUAGCCCCUGGUGUCUAGCGUAGGGAUUUGCUCCAUUAGACUUUCAUUGUUCCUAGAGCUAGCAAAAUUCACUUUAAAUUGACUAUAGGAGGCUGGGCACAGUGGCUCAUGCUUGUAAUCCCAGCAUUUUCAGAGGCUGGGGCGCGUGGAUCACUUGAGGUCAGGAGUUCGAUACCAAUAUGGCCAAUAUGGCCAUCUCUACUAAAAUUACAAAAAUUAGCCAGCCAUAGUGGUGGGCACCUGUAAUCCCAGCUACUCAGGAGGCUGAGGCAUGAGAAUUGCUUGAACUCAGGGGACAGAGGUUGCAAUGCGCCAAGGUUGUGUCCAGCCUGGGUGACAGAUCAAAGCUCUGUCAAAAAAAAAUAUGACUACAGGUCACUUCUCUAUGAAAUGUGCAUACUGUGCCUUCACAGAUCCAGGGAGUGUAAGCUGUCCCUAGGUAGACACCUCUUUAUCAGAAAGGCAGUUAGUUGGCUAGUCUCAACUUUUGUUUUUUUCUGGCAUGUAAUGUAUUUGGUAUAGAUCUUCUGCCUCAGAGACUCCAGAGGACAUAGUUCAGGCUCUCAAGCUUAAAUUGUAGUGGGGAGAGUAUCCCCUUGUGAGGUUCUCGAAGGGUGGACGUUGCAUAGCACUUGAGCAGCUCUCCGAAGAAAAUUAUCUUUGAGAACCUUGAGAAAGGUGUUGGACUGAGGUGCAAAACCAGUUUUUGGCUACUUUGAAAAUCUUUGCAUGUAAAAAACAGAAUCACCGCUGGGAGCGGUGGCUCAUGCCUAUCAUUCCCAGUACUUUGGGAGGCCUGGGGUUGGGGGUGUGGAUCACGAGGUCAGGAGUUCAAGACCAGCCUGGCCAAGAUGUUGAAACCCCAUCUCUACUAAAAAUACAGAAAUUAGGCAGGUGCGGUGGCAUGGGCCUAUAAUCCCAGCUACUCAGGAGGCUGAGGCAGAGAAUUGCUUGAACCCAGGAGGCGGAGGUUGCAGUGAGCUGAGAUUGCACCACUGUAUUCCAGCCUGGGUGACAGAGUGAGACUGCAUCUCAAAAAAAUCACAUAAGAUCCACAACACUACUUAUAUAAGAAUGUGUGUGUGUGUUGGGCGGGGUGGGCAUUGAGGGAUUAAAAUGCCACUGGGGGCCAUGUACAGUGGCUCAUGCCUGUAACCCCAGUACUUCAGGGGCCCGAGGUGGGAGGAUGUCUUUAGGCCAGGAGUUUGAGACCAGCCUGGGCAACAUAGUGAGACUGUCUCUACAACAACAACAAAAUGCCACUGGGGAGGAUCUCGUCUUGCAGAUCUGUGAAUGGGAACUGACAUAAAUUCCUAAAGCGUUCUGAUGCAAACUGUUGUUAGACUGGAAUGAAGAAGCUCUAGUGGUCUGAUGGUUGACACAAGUUUAAAAGCAUAAUGUAGGUCUUUUAAUCUUGUGUUAGAAUAUAUCUCUGCACAUCUGCUUAUAAUGAAUAUUCUCGAAAGAUUGAUUUACUGAAGUGAAAAGUCUGGAAGGAUCACCUUUUAAGCAGCUUUUGAAAUGGCUAAUGCCCAGACCCCACACUGCAGAGAUUCUGAUUUCAUUUUUUUGAACUGUAGUGGCAGCAUUAGUUUUAAGAAAUCUGAAGAUGAUUCUCUUGUGCAGUGGUUACAGAAUGUUGCAUUAAUCAGUGCUUUGUUACUGUUGACAAAACCCUACUUGAACUAGUUUAAGCAAAAAGAUGAAUUUAUGAAAAGGAUAUGGGGUAUGGGACAGGUGUGGUGGCUCACACUUGUUAUCCUAGCACUUUGGGAGGCCGAGGUGAGAGGAUCACUUAAGCUCAGGAGUUUGAGACCAACUGGGGCAACAUAGUGAGACCUCCUCUCUAUUAUAACUUAAUAAAAAAAAGAAAGGACAUGGGGUAUGUCGACUGAAGGAUAAGUUGAAUAUAUAAAUCGUGAGGAGGACAGAAGUGUCUGGAUCGAGUUUUGAGUUAGUGGACCUGGAGACCAUCCUUCCUGUUAGCGUCAUUCUUUUUACAGAUGAACUUCUUUAAUGAUGUAGGUAGAGGACAUGGUGGCUACCAGUUCCCAAGUGUUAAGUGUUUCUGUGUGUACCACUGUCUGGCAGUUCCUUCUCUCUCAAAUACAAACUUAAAAAAAAUGAGGGGACGUUAAUUAAUCAGCUAGACAUAAGGAAUUAGGAGUUGCAUACCUGAUUCCAACUGGGCAAAUCAACUGGGACUUGAAUCCAUUAAGAAUUUGACAGUCCCCACUAUGUCCAUGUAUAGAAGAGUCUGUCUCUCAGAGGAAGGAAGGGGCGCUGAGCUAAUGAUCAUCAGCUGUCCAUUACAAAUUAGGCGCAUGUAAACUUUUUUUCUUUUUUGAGAUGGAGUCUUACUCUGUUGCCCAGGCUGGAGUGGCUGGAGUGCAGUGGUCCGAUCUCAGCUCAUUGCAACCUCUGCGUCCUGGGUUCAAGCAAUUCUGUCUCAGCCUCCUGAGUGGCUGGGAUUGCAGGCAUGCAUCACCACACCUGGCUAAUUUUUGUAUUUUUAGUAGAGAUGGGGAUGGGGUUUCAUCAUGUUGGCCAGAAUGGUCUCCAUCUCUUGACCUUGUGAUCCACCCGCCUCAGCCUCCCGAAGUGCUGGGAUUACAGGCGUGAGCCACAGCAUCUGGCCACACGUGUAAACUUAAUAGCAAAGAUAAAUAGAUUGUACAAAUUUGUAUUCUCUUUAUGUGAGUAGUUUUCCUCCAACUAUUCAUUCAUUCAUAGUAUUCAUUUGAUGAGUAUUUAACUGUUGUCCUCUCCAUGCCUGAUACUAGUUUAAGUGUUGGAUGUGUGUAAAGGGGGAAGGAAAAUGUAAGAAAGAUAAGAGGACAAAUUAAUUGUUAAAGAUGAUAAGUUUGUGUCUUAACCACUCAGCCAUUACAGCACCUUCAGAAGAAUCUUGCUUCCGGUUAUGUUCCUAUCGCCUGUUCAAAGCACCUUGUCCACAUUAUCUUCUCUUUUCAAGGGCUUUCUCAUCUGAGAUACUACGUUGGAGAGUUCUCUCUACGUGCCAUGACCGAGUAGCGUUUUCUUCCUCUGAAGUAUUGCUUCCUCUUUGUUGGUAUCACAGGACAAACAUCAGAACACUUACAGGAUGUGUGUAGUGUGGCACGAUAGAGAACUUGGGUUUCCUUUAAUGUGACUGGAGACCUGGCAGUGUUAAUAAAAGAAUCAUCGGUAAUCAGACACCCUAGACACCCUGGUGUGCUGAGCUAGCACUCAGUGGGUGCGGCCACCGCUCAUGUGAUUGUGGAGUAGCAGUUGGAAGACGUGCCCAGUUCAUUUGGAGAGUUAAAACUGCACCUAUUCAGCUGUAUCUUUAAAUUUUAAAAAAGAAAAAAAAAAACUGCACCUAACAGAGCUGUCCUCUGACUUUUCUUCUACAAGCCCCAUGUUUUCACAUCUGCCUUUUGACGGUGUCCUCCUGCUGCUGCUGCUACUUACAAGGUCUGAGGAAUACAUAGUGGAGGUGGGUCAGAAUGCCUAUCUGCCCUGCUUCUACACUCUGGACACUCCAGGGAACCUCGUGCCUGUAUGCUGGGGCAAAGGAGCCUGUCCUGUGUUUGAGUGUGGCGAUGUGGUGCUCAGGACUGAUGAAAGGGAUGUGAGUUAUCGGACUUCUAGCAGAUACUGGCUAAACGGGGAUUUCCACAAAGGAAAUGUAACCCUGGCCAUAGGUAAUGUGACUCUAGAAGACAGCGGAAUCUACUGCUGCCGGGUCCAAAUCCCAGGCAUAAUGAAUGAUAAGAAAUUUAACCUGAAGUUGGUCAUCAAACCAGCCAAGGUCACCCCUGCACCGACUCUGCCGAGGGACUCUACUCCAGCCUUUCCAAGGAUGCUUACCACCGAGGAUCACGGCCCAGCAGAGACACAGACACUGGAGAUCCUCCAUGAUAAAAAUCUCACACAACUCUCCACACUGGCCAAUGAGUUACAGGACGCUGGAACAACUAUCAGAAUAGGCGUCUACAUCGGAGCAGGGGUCUCUGCUGGGCUGGCUCUGGCUCUUAUCUUUGGUGCUUUAAUUUUCAAAUGGUAUUCUCAUAGCAAGGCGAAGUUACAGAACUUAAGCCUCAUCACUUUGGCCAACCUCCCUCCCUCAGGGUUGGCAAAUGCAGCAGCAGAGGGGAUUCGCUCAGAAGAAAAUAUUUAUACCAUUGAGGAGAACGUAUAUGAAAUGGAGGAGUCCAGUGAGUAUUACUGCUCAGUCAGCAGCGUGCAGCAACCCUCACAACCUUUGGGUUGCCGCUUUGCAAUGCCGUAGAUCCAACCAUUUUAUUUUUGAGUUUGGUAUUGCCUUUUUCAAAAACUAUAAGCUGUGUCAGCUGACAGGUUUUAGAGGUUCUGUCCACUGACAUGGAGCAGAGUUUUCCCGUUUUCGGAAAAUGACUCACAUGGGAAUUCAACUGUGACCUGCACUGAAUUUAAACAGGCAUGUCAUUAUCUCUGUAUCUAAGCCAACAGACUUACCCAACUCAGAGACUGUUAAUCAUGGAUGUUAGAGCUCAAACAGCUAUUAUAUACACUAGGAAUUAUUGACAUGGAGUCUCUGGAGCUCCAGGAAAUUUGGGCACAUCAUAUAUCCAUGAAACUUCAGAUAAACUAGGGAAAACUGAGAUGAAUGCAUACCUUUUUUGGCACAGAAAGUCUAAAGGGGCCACUGAUUUUCAGAGAUCUGUGAUCCUUUUUUUUGAGACAGAGUCUUGAUCUGUCACCCAGGCUGGAGUACAGCAGCAUGAUCUCAGCGCACUGUAGCCUCCACCUCCCGGGUUCAACCAAUUCUCCUGCCUCAGCACCCCGAGUAGCUGGGACUACAGGUGUGUGCCACCACACCCAGCUAAUAUUUGUAUUUUAGGUAGAAACCAGGUUCUGCCAUGUUGGCCAGCUGGUCUUGAACUGCUGACCUCAUGAUCUGCCUUUAAAAAAAAUUUUUUUUUUUUUUUGGCUGGGCGUAGUGGCUCAUGCCUGUAAUCCAAGCACUUUGGAGGCCAAGGCGGGCAGAUCACCUGAGGUCGAGAGUUCAAGACCAGCCUGACCAACAUGGUGAAACCCUGUCUUAAAAAAAAAAAUUUUUUUUUUUUUUGAGAUGGAGUCUUACUCUGUUGCCCAGGCUGCAGUGCAGUGGCAUGGUCUUGGCUCACUGCAACCUCUGCCGCCUGGGUUCAAGUGAUUCUCCUGCCUCAGCCUCCCGAGUAGCUGGGAUGGCUGGUCUCCAACUCCUGACCUUGUGAUCCUCCUGCCUUGGCCUCCCAAAGCACUGGGAUUACAGGCAUGAGCCACCGCACCUGGCCAGUGAUCCUUAAAUGAUGAAGAGAUGACUGGACCGGGUCUACCUUGAUCUUGAAGAUUCCCUCAGAAUGUUGAGCUUUAGGCUUCUUUGAGCAUUACCUGCCCAACUGUAAGUGCCAGCACACAGCUCUCUUUUGCCUCUUACGAAGACUGACCUGCGGGCCUGAGAUGUGGCAGGAGCUCCUGGAGAAAAAGGAAGUGCAUUCAAUCCGUGUGUAUCGCCAAAUUUUGCUUGUUGUGCACUAGAAAGAAAAUAUCUCUGACCAACUUCUCUAUUCAUGGACCAAACUGAAGCUAUAUUUUUCAUGGAAGAAGAAGCAGUGACUGGGACACAAAUUCUGUUUCCUACUGGAAAGAAGGCAAAGGCUUUCAUCUAUAUUGCCAGCGUUGAAUCCUUACAUGGAAAGUGAUCCCUAAACUUCAAUUUCAAGGUGGUAAAGACUUGCUCUGUCUUGUUUAUUGUUGCCCCCAGUGCCUGGCACAACUCUGACACACAAUUGAAACUUACUAAUUUUUUUACCCUUUUUUUGUUUGGUUUUUGAGACAGAAUCUCACUCUGUUGCCCAGGCUGCAGUGCAGUGGCCUGAUCUAGGCUCACUGUGGCCUUGAUGUCCUGGGCACAAUUUAUCCUUCCACUUCAGCCUCCCCAGUACCGGGACUGUAGGCAUGCACCACCAUGCCAGGCUAAUUUGUAUGUUUUUAGUCGAGAUAAGGUUUCACCAUGUUGGCCAGGCUGGUCUCAAACUCCUGGAUUCAAGUGAUCCCCCCUGCCUUGACCUCCCAAAGUGCUGGAAUUUUAGGUGUGAGCCACCGCACCCAGCCUAAAUAUUUUUUGGAGCGAAAAAAAUAAAUAAGCAGAAAGGUAGCUUCCUGGAAGACUUCCGUUACAGAGCUCGGAUAAGAGUGUGACUCUGCAAGUUCACUUCUUAGAGAACUCACACAUACCUGGAAGCUCCUGUAUUCACUCUUAUCCAGGCCAGAGUGGCCUGUGUUUCUCAACAUCAUUCAGCUCAGGCCUUUGUUGGUGUCUUUCUCUUCUGUCUAUUUCCCUCUCUUCUGAGCCAUCCUCAGCACAUAGGGAAUGAAUUAACAAUAGGGACCUAUCACCGCCUAAAAGCUGCUCCUCCCCAGGUAAUGACGAAGCUGUGACAGUGCUGCAUGUCGAAGAUGCUGGCCAACAAGGCUGUAAGCAGCCUGUCUGUUUCUAGAAGUCUUUCUGACAGUCUUGUGUGAAUGAGAGUGUUUGGGCUGCAUCUAGAUAGUUUUGGGAGGCAGGCACUGGCAUUCUAUAGGGAGUUAUGUAAGGGAAAUCAUUUUGCAAAAUUAAUUAUAGGCAGCAGCUCUUGUACAGGCUAAAAAAAUUAACCUUAAGUGUCUUUUUAAAAAUUUUCUGAGACAGAGUCUCACUCUGUCACCCAGGCUAGAGUGCAAUGGCUCAAUCUUGGCUCAAUCAUUCUCCUGCCUCAGCCUCCCAAGUAGCUAUGAUUACAGGUGUACAUCACCACACCCAGAUACUUUUUGUAUUUUUAGUAGAAAUGGGGUUUCACCAUGUUGGCCAGGCUGGUCUUGAGCGCCUGACCUCAUGUGACCCACCCGCCUCAGCCUCCCAAAGUGCUGGGAUUACAGGCGUGAGCUACCGCAUUCAGCCCAUAAGUGUCUUAAAGUCAUGAAAUUCUAGUAAGAAGAAACUUCAGGACACAUUUGAAGCAGAUCAAUUGUCCUCAUCAAAGAGAUUCUUAUCCUAUCAAAAAUCUUUAAACAAGGGUAUAUGUACAAGGCUGAUCAUUGCAAUGGUGUUUGCGGAGAUUUUUUACAAUCAAUAAGGGAAUGGUUGAUUAUAGUGUUAUGCCAAUACACGGCUGCGAGUACAAAGAAUCAUGGCCAAAACACUAAAAGCAUUGGCAGCAAAAGCCAAAAUAGACAAAUGGGACCUAAUCAAACUCCACAGCUUCUGCACGACAAAAGAAACAGUCAUUAGAGUGAAUCAACAACCAACAGAAUGGGGAAAAAAUUUUGCAAUCUACCCAUCUGACAAAGGGCUGAUAUCCAGAAUUUACAAAGAACUAAAACAGAUUUACAGGAAAAAAACAAGCCCAUUCAAAAGUGGGCAAAGGAUAUGAACAGACACUUUACAAAAAAGACAUGUAUGAGGCCAAGAAACAUAUGAAACAAUGCUCAUGAUCACUAGUCAUUAGAGAAAUGUAAAUCAAAACCACAUUGAGAUACCAUCUCACGCCAGUUAGAAUGGUGAUCAUUAAAAAAUCUGGAGACAGAUGCUGGAGAGGAUGUGGAGAAACAGGAACACUUUUACACUGUUGGUGGGAGUGUAAAUUAGUUCAGCCAUUGUGGAGGACAGUGUGGCAAUUCCUCAAGGACGUAGAAAUAGAAAUUCCAUUUGACCCAGCAAUCCCAUUACUGGGUAUAUAUCCAAAGGAAUAUAAAUCGUUCUACUAUAAGGACACAUGCACACGAAUGUUCAUUGCAGCACUGUUUACAAUAGCAAAGACCUGGAACCAACCCAAAUGCCCAUCGAUGAUAGACUGGACUGGGAAAAUGUGGCACAUAUGGCACACUGUGGAAUAUUAUGCAGCCAUCAAAAACAAUGAGUUCAUGUCCUUUGUAGGGACAUGGAUGAACCUGGAAACCAUCAUUCUCAGCAAACUGACACAAGAACAGAAAAUCAAACACCACAUGUUCUUGCUCAUAGGCGGGUGUUGAACAAUGAGAACACAUGAACACAGGGAGGGGAGCACCACACACUGGGGUCUGUUGGGGGGAAAUAGGGGAGGGACAGAUAUAGAUGAAGGGGAGGAAGGCAGCACAUCACACUGCCACGUGUGUACCUAUGCAACAAUCCUGCAUGUUCUUCAUAUGUACCCCAAAACCUAAAAUGCAAUAAAAAAAAAAGAAUUAGGUGAUUUUAUCAUUAAGCUUUUUUGCUAAUUCAACAAAUACUUACUAAGUGUUUACUGUGUGCCAGAUACUUUCUUUGGUGCCGGGAUCACAGAAGGGGACCAAAUAGACACAUCCCUGGCUCCAUGGAACUCCUAGUUGAUCUGACAGGAAGGAGGAUUCAUGUCCUUUUGUUUAUUCAGUGAAAAAAAAAAUGUGUGUGUGUGUGUACUUUUUUUUUUUUUUUUUGAGACAGAGUCUCACUCUAUUGCUCAGGCUGGAGUGCAGUGGCACAAUCUUGGCUCACUGCAACCUCUGCCUCCUGGGUUUAAGCACUUCUCCUGCCUAGAUACUCACUGGAGUAGCUGGAAUUACAGGCGUGCACCACCAUGCCGGGCUAAUUUUUGCAUUUUUAAUAGAGACAGGGUUUCACCAUGUUGGUCAGGCUGGUCUUGAACUCCUGGCCUCAAGCGAUCUGCCCUCCUUGGCCUCCGAAGUGCUAUGAUUACAGGCGUGAGCCACCAUGCCCAGCCCAUUCAGUGAAUAUUUAUUGACACCUACCUCGUGCCAAACACUAUUCUAGUCUCCAGAAAUAUAGCAAUGAAUGAAGCAGUCAAAAUCCUUGCUGUCAUGGAGCUUACAUUACUUAUCAGAGGAGAAUCCUAUGUAGUUAAGUUCAAAGGAGGAGGGGGAAAGGAAUAAUAGUUUACACAACUGAUGAAUCUUUUUGCCUUAAAAAUAUGGAAGAAUAUGCCCAAAUGAAUAUGGUUACUGAUGGAGACAAAGGGUGAAGAAAGACUCACUUUUUCCUUUCUCAUGUUUCUGCUAUAGUUUAUUUUCUCCAUUUUGUUUUUUAAUAAAAAGUAGAUUCAAGAAUUAUAGCAGUGUUUUUCUGUCUGCCCUCCUCAUCAAAGAAAUAAAUGAAGACAAGGUCAAGGUCAAGACUGAGGGCAGUAGUAGAGCAUGGCAGCAAGCCGGGACUGGAGCCCUGACUUUCAAGGUGAAAUCUGACUCUACACCAAGUAUUUGGAAUGGGAAAGAUGGAUACAGAAAAACAAAAAGGCAGGGGAAUUACUACAAAGGGCCCAGGAGAUGGCAAGUGGUAACUCAGGGACUUAAAAACAGUGCAGUAAGAUUAAAUGUGUGGUUUGCUUUUAGAAAUGCCUUAGGAUUUUUCUUCCAGAGCUGCCCACAGAACUCCCACAGGUUCUGAAAAAGGGGAGGGUCCCUGAUCUUUUUAGACUGAAAAAAGUAAGGACUAUUGUGUUUUAUCUGCUCAUCACUUCUAGAUUUAAAAUUCCCAAGGCAGAAAUUCCAAACAGUUCAGUUGCUCACUAAUUGAUUCAGACAACAUUAAGUCAAUUUACAUAAAUGAAAGUUGUUUUUUUUCCCUUUUUUUAAUGUUAUAAGAGAGUGUAUAUAUGGAAAUUGCUUAUUGAAUUUUUAUUAUUAAUUUUUUUCAUUCUUCAGUCAUGUGGAUAAAUUUUUAAACAGGUAUAACUUAUAUACAAUAAAAUGCUCUCUCUUUUUUUUUUCCUUUGAGACAGAGUUUCCUUCUGUCUCCCAGGCUAAAACGCAGUGGCACCAUCUUACUCACUGCAACCUCUGCCUCCCAGGCUCAAGCUAAUCUCAUACCUAAGGUAUGAGAUUAGCUCCCAAGUACCUGGGAUUACAGGCAUGCACCAUCACGCCCAGCUAAUUUUUGUAUUUAGUAUAGACAGGAUUUUGCCAUGUUGGCCAGGUUAGUCUCAAACUCCUGGCCUCAAGUGAUCUGGCCACCUCGGCCUCCCAAAGUGCUGGGAUUACAGGCAUGAGCUGCCAUGGCUGGCCAAAAUGCUCUCAUUUGAAGCAGAUAAUUUAAACUCAACAAAUAUACACCUAUGUAAAUACCACCCCAAGCAAGAUAUAAAGCAUUUCCACCAUCUCAAAAUAUAUUUUGAAGUUCAAAGGGUCCUCCUGUCUACUCCCAAUGCUAGUUUAUUGAUUUUAAAAAUUAAACUGAACACAAAUUAAUUUUGUCUCCAGAUUUCUAUUGAAAAACUCUGGAUGCUUCUAGAGAUAAGUAGAGAUGCCCUAGAGCAGUCAUUUUUAAGAUUUUCUAUCACAACUUUCUGGAACUCAGUUGGAAAGUGGGGCAAAGGAGAGAGGCGGCUAACCAGUUGUCUAGGAGGUUCUUAAGCUUGAGGAGGGCUUGGAUUUUGCUUGGUUUUCACUGGGAAACCUGUGCAAGAGAGCACUAUCAAUAGAAAUGUCAAUUUUAAGCUUCUGUUAGGUUGGUGCAAAAGUUAUUGUGAUUUUCUCCAUGACUUUUGAUGGCAAAAAAAAAAGUAAAAUAACUUUUGCAUCAAUCUGCUAGAGCCUCUGUAUCUUCUUCUUUUUUUUUUUUUUUUUAAUUUUAGGUUUUGGGUACAUGUCAAGAACAUGCGAGAUUGUUGCAUAGGUACACACAUAGCAGUGUGAUUUGCUGCCUUCCUCCCCAUCACCUAUAUCUGGCAUUUCUCCCCAUGCUAUCUCUCCUCAACUCCCCACCCCUGCUGUCCCUCCCCUAUUUCCCCCUGACAGACCCCAGUGGGUGAUGCUCCCCUGUGUCCAUGUGUUCUCAUUGUUCAACACCCGCCUAUGAGUGAGAACAUGCAGUGUUUGAUUUUCUGUUCUUGUGUCAGUUUGCUGAGAAUGAUCUCAGGUGUGGUGGCUCAAGCCUAAAAUCUCAUCACUUUGGGAGGCCAAGGUGGAUGAAUCACUUGAGGUCAGGAGUUCCAGGCCAGCCUAUCCAACAUAACAAAACCCCAUUUCUACUAAAAUACAAAAAUUAGUCGGGCGUGGUGGUGUCAGCCUGUAAUCCCAGCUACCCAGGAGGCUGAGGUAGGAGAAUCACCUGAACCUGGGAGGUGGAGGUUGCAGUGAGCUGAAAUCAUGCCACCAUACUCCAGCCUGGGUGGCGGAGCAAGACUCCAUCUCAAAAAAACAAAGAAACAACAAUUUGCUUCAUGAUAAGCUGAUAAAUCUUUGUAAUUUCUAUAUUUUGUAUUUGUACUUUUUCAUUCAUUUUAAAUCUGGUUCAUGCAAAACAAAUAUUUUGCACUCCAAUGUGGUGUUUAUCUUCUUUUGUUGGCUCUGGUAUGUCCAAAUGUCUAUAUAACUGUAUCUAAUUUGUUUCUAAUUUCAUUAUCCACGGUUUUACUUGCCAUGACUCCUCAACUGCACACUGAAUUUAGUUUUUGUUCAGAAAACACUUAAAUAAAAAGUAAUAACUAUGUAAA